AUGGAAGCGAUGGGUGUCAAAGACAAAUCUACAAGCUCAACGCAAUCGCAAAGUACUACACCAUCCAGGACCAAAUCAACGCCAUCAAAAGACGAAGCAGCGUCACUUACCACCGCAAAGCACACAAAGUCAAACACGUAUGUACUACUCAGCACUGCCAUGGUGAAAGUUAUAGGAAUCGGAACAGAAGUGCAGUGUCGGGCAAUUCUCGAUACAGGCUCACAAGUUAAUUUUGUGACUGAACGAUUGGUUAAACGUCUUGGCAUCUCAACUAAACCAUCAUCAAUCUCCAUUAGUGGCAUCGGGUCAAGGAGCACUAAGAUACAGCAUCGAGUCAAUGUGGCGCUACAGUCUCGGAUCAACAACUUUACAACGCGGCUAGAGGCAGCGGUAUUGCCCCAGAUUAUAUCCCCGCAGCCGUCGCAAGAAAUCAAGAUCGACGAAUGGCAAAUUCCUGAGAACAUCAUGUUAGCCGAUCCAUCAUUCAAUCGUCCUGAUAAAAUUGAUAUAUUGUUGGGGGCGGAAUUCUACAACCAACUGAUGGCAGCAGGGCAAAUCAAACUGUCAGAUGACCUACCCAUUCUGCAAAAUACAGUGCUGGGAUGGAUCAUCGCGGGAAAAGUUGGUGGCAACUACAUCUCAAAUGCAAUAUGUGGAAUCUGUACCAACGAUGACAUCAACUUAGAUGCAGCCAUUGCUCGACUAUGGGAACUUGAGGAACAUCCUCCUGUAAGAAAACAACAUUCCGUAGCAGAAAAACAGUGCGAAGCUCAUUUCGCACAACAUACACUCAUCAAUGUAAAUGGGAGACUCAUGAUAAGGCUACCAUUUCAUGAAAAUCCGGAGGGCUUAGGGGAAUCCUAUGGGAUGGCGUAUAAUCGAUUCCUGGCCUUAGAACGUCGACUGGCAAAAUCGCUCCAGACAAAGAAUCAAUAUGUACAAUUUAUGGAGGAAUAUGAAAACUCGGGGCACAUGACGCAAGUGGAUAUUGAUUCCAUCAGUAAACCUAGUACUUCAUUCCUGACCAUUGCAUUGUGA